UUCCUCUUUCCAAAGUUUAGCUUAAGGAAUGGUGCAAGGAGCAUUAUAGGACUAAUUUGAUGUGAAGUGCACGAAGGUGUAAGCGGUUGAAAGGAGCCCACAAUGGUAGCUAAGAUUUUACUCCUCUGUGGUACCAUAGGGCUGGUGGAGGCAGACCUACAUUCAAGAUAUCCUGGGUAUCAGGACCACAAGCAAAGGCCUCAAGAUCACAGGACACUGACAUACCCACAUCCAUCUUCUCUGCCUGAGGAAUACUGGGGAAGGGGGCUCAUCAGAAAAGAAACCUUCAAUCCAACUUCUGCCACUGAUGAUACGAAGGAUUAUUAUGAUGCUGAAAACCAUCAAACUCGAAAUGAGAACUGGUGCUCCUCUACACAGUCCCGGCUGGUCACGUAUAUCGCUGCUUGCAAGACAGAGAAAUAUGUAAUUAAAUCACAGCAACCAUGUCCAAAUGGGACCCCAGAUUGUCAGAAGAUCAUGUACAGAGCAGCUUUGAAGCCUAUCUACCAGGUGAAACAAAAAGUCAUAAACCCUUUGCAGUGGAAGUGUUGCCCUGGUUAUUUUGGGAAGAAUUGUGAAUAUCAUGAUCCUAAUUUUCUCCUGGUAUCCACCACUCAACCAGCAAGCUGGGAAGAAGAACAAGAAGCAUUCUCAAGUCAGAGAGAUAUCACAGAGGCCCAUCAAAGCCAUGAAGCACUCCUGGAAGAUCUGCAGAACGAUUUCCAUCAGGCAACAAACAACUUGGGAGUCUUACAGAAGGUGCUUCAUUAUAACACCAGCAGCACCCAGGGGGAAAUGAACCACAGCCAAUCAGAAGUACAUGAGCAGUUUCUCCAGCAAAUGCUCUUUCCCCAUGUGGAGAGUUUCUUAAGGGAGCAUCUGAACCCUGUCUGGGCAAGUUUCAAUAAAAGUCUACAGGAUCUUUCUGCCACCCUGAAAAAUCUUUCACAGAAUGUUGAGGCCAAUCGGAAACGUAUAGAGGGAUUCAAAGAAAACAUUGUGCCCAAGAAAGAUUUUCAAGAGUUGGGAACAAAAUUUGAAUCCAAGGUUCAAGCUAAUGUUUUGAGGGUGGACCAGAUGAAGCACGAAAUAGAUAGUCAUUUACACCUCCAGCAGGCUGCCAUACACUACAAUCUCACCAUGAUCAAAGCAGAUACUGAUCUGAAGCUCAAGAGGCACCAUAAGAUACAACACUUAUAUUUGUUGGCCUUAAACAAUAGCAUAGCAGAUCUGAGACAACAGCAAAACAAGCUUCAAGAUGAGCUAGAGACCCUGAACAGAAACCUAGCACCGUCCCCUAUCCAAUUUGGCAGCCAAAAUGAGGCAUUUACUGAAAGGGACAUUCAGAUUCUCAAUCAGAGCCUGGCAAGACAUGCCCAGCAGCUUGCAAGACUUUAUGAUGAGGCUGAGGAGGACUACCAAAUACUAACUGAUUCUAUUAAGAACCUGAAAGCCAACUCAAAGCGUGAAAUAGAAGAAUUCAGAGUCGAGCUAAUGGAAAUGAGUCUUACAAUAGAGGACUACAGAGAAGACCUGGAAAGGAAGAUUCUCGCUCUAAACAAUACUCUGUCAAAUAUUCAAGAAGGCCAUCGGGACCUGCAGAAGUCUCUGAAAGGAUGUCAUUGUGAAAAACUACCACCUUCAGGCACUGAUAUGGAAGAUCAAGCGAACAUCACUCAGAUCAACAGAGAAGAAAUGAAGCAACUUGAGGCACGCUUAAAAGAUCUUGCUGCAGCUUUCCCCCUUAUAUAUCAGUCUCUAGAUUUCCAGCAAGAACAGAGCCGAAAGCUGGAAGGCGGCAUGUCCCUUCUCAAGUCUCAUACUGAAAGGUUGUCUGAAAAUAUUGGCAUCCUGAACAAAAAUGAUGAGAAGAUGCAUGGACACAUCAAAUAUCUCAACAGCUCUUUUCACUCUCUGCUAGUUGAUGCAAUGAGACAUGAGAUAGCACUAGAAGCCUUGCUUGGAGAAGAAAUUAUGGAAGUCUUAUCGGAAGACUUAGAACCUAGUACCUUACUGUCCCCCAUACAGCAACUUCAAGUGACUGUUAGAAUAAUCUCAGACAAUCUCACGGAGCAAAAUAUUACCCUGGAAUCUCUUAUGAAGAGAAUUCACUCUUUGGAGAGGCUGGAUCGUGAGAACAACCCCAAUGUCCACAAACCUCUUAAGCAUCCUGUGGUUGAAAAGCAAAUAGAGGACGCCAUGCAAGAGGUCACCACCCAACGUAGCAGAGUGGAACACAUGGAGCCAAACCAUGAAGCUUCCGUGGAGGAUGUCCUGGAUAAUCCGGCAUAUCAUGAUAUCAUGACUCUAAAGAAAGAGAUUGGGCACCUCAGCAGGGAGAUGAAGAAAUAUGAGUUGCAGAGGGAUUAUGCUGCUUUCUGCUGUAAUCACACCAUAGACAGCCUAGUGGAACCACUCAGUGUAUCAGUGAAGAAUUUGAGGGAAGACCUUGCAUCAGCCCAACAAGGAUUUGAAGAGCAUCUACAGGUCUUUCAAAUGCUGUUUGGAAGUAACAAAGAAUUAGCUGCUGUAAAUUUAAGUUUGGAUGUGUCAAAGAUUCAGUCACUGAUGGGCAGAAGGAUGAGGAAGCAGCUUCAAGUUCAGGAGGGGCAAAAACUGAGAGACAAGAAAGAGGCCAACAACCGUAGAGAAGGCACUUUAAAUGGAAGAAACAAGAUACAUACAGAGAUCCUGGAGACAGGUACAACUGUGGCAUUUUAUGUGAGAUAUUCAGAAGGAAGGGAAGCACCAAGCCUCAACGAAACAUAUCUCAAUUAUGGAGGAGGGUACUUUCCUGAACAUGGUUACUUCAAGUCCCCUCACAGUGGUGUUUAUAUGGUUGCUAUCAAUGUAGAGCUGGUGCCAGGACCUGCCCUGGGGCAACUGGUUUUUAGCAGCAGGCAAAGAAUGACGCUUAUCAGCAAUAAAAAGAAAAAGGCAACCGGAGGUUCUAUGACUACUUUUGCACUCGUGGAGCUUAAGAAAGGGGAGCACAUGUGGUUUGAACUGGUGCAGGGUGCUGGCACGAAGCAGAACCCUGCUGGAUUGAGCCUGGCUGGAUUUCUGAUAUUCAAAACUUGAAAAGAGACCAAUAAAUGAUGCUUUGUCAUACACAUAGCUAACCUAACCUGCUAGUCUGAUGACUCUGAGAGGUUUGCUGUGUGCACUUUUAAACAUCGUCCUAUCCUUGAUUCAUCUCAAGUGCUGCUUUCUAGAAAUAGCUCAGUAGUUGCUUAGCAGUGCCACAAACAUUAAGGGACAAGAAAUUGAAUUUUUAUGCUGAAAAAGGUUUAUGAAAGACUCUAGGACAAGGAUGGGUAACUUGUGGCCCUCCACCUGUUCUUGGACUCCCAACUCCUGUCUGCCACAGCCAGUAUGGUCAAUGGUCAGGGAUGAUAUAGUCCAACAGUAUCUGGAGGACCACAGAUCCCCCACCCCUGCUUUCAUAGUUUAUCACUUAUUUGAUUCUGUUUUCCCUUAGGCUCAAAACUGCUACCCCCUUCUUACAUCCAGUGAAAAAUGAGCAGCAUUCAUGUAAAUAAGUUUUCAGUGGAAAAACAAUCAUUUCAAGUUUUUUCCCCACCAUUGAGCAAGGGCCAGGGAGCCCUUACAUGAGUGGCAUGGUUGCCAUUUCACCAUCCUUUAACAUGCUAGCAAUAUUAGAAAUCACAUGGGAAGGACUGGUGAUGAACACUCCUUCCAUUACUGUCUCCCACACUGGAUGCAAGUGUUUGUUUUCAGAUGAACAAAGCCCAUACAUUUCUGUUCCUAAAGUAUUAUGUAAUUAUGUCUAUACUAAAGAGAAAUGUAUCAGUGUACUUCCAUGAUGAACACUACUCUUUGUGCACUAGGCUGUAGUUUGCUUUGCAAACUGUAGUAUUUCAAGCAGAGGAAUCAGAAAAACUUCCACUGAUAAGCAUUUAGCCCAGUUAAGAACGUAAGAACAUAAGAAGAGCCUGCUGGAUCAGGCCAGUGGCCCAUCUGGUCCAGCAUCUGUUUUCACAGUGGCCAACCAGGUGCCUGGGGGAAGCCCGCAAGCAGGACCCGAGUGCAAGAACACUCUCCCCUCCUGAGGGUUCCGGCAACUGGUUUUCAGAAGCAUGCUGCCUCUGACUAGGGUGGCAGAGCACAGCCAUCAUGGCUAGUAGCCAUUGAUAGCCCUGUCCUCCAUGAAUUUGUCUAAUCUUCUUUUAAAGCCAUCCAAGCUGGUGGCCAUUACUGCGUCUUGUGGGAGCAAAUUCCAUAGUUUAACUAUGCGCUGAGUAAAGAAGUACUUCCUUUUGUCUGUCCUGAAUCUUCCAACAUUCAGCUUCUUUUCGGCCAGAUUACUGUAAUUAUUAAAACUUUAAAUUCUUUAUAGGACAAGAUUUCAGCUCAUUUCCAGCAAUGCAUAAAUAUAAA